UGCAGCCAAGUGCCGCGCUGCUGGUCCCAGGGGGGAGUCUGGACACCAAGCUCCAGGUGCUGCAGGGGAGCCCAAGGAUCGCAGCCCAGGGGUGCCCAGAGGUGCUGUGUGUCCAUAGCAGUCGGACGCUGGGAGGCAGCCCCCAGACCCUGGCGCAUUCAGCUUUCGGUGGUGCCCGUUUCCCUUGCACUGGCGUCUGUCGAGGUGGAGAAGACGCUGUGGCGUCUGUAGGAAGCUGCCCACAGGGACGUCCCUGCUCCAUUCUGAGGAGCCUGUGGCGAUGAUUCCCCUGCUGCUCUCCGUGCCCUCGCACCAGCUCUCGGCAAGUCGUAGACUCUCAGGGUUGGAAGGGACCUCAGGAGGUGUCUAGUCCCACCCCCAAGUCGCACGAGUGUAGGUCAUAGCCUCGCUGCAGUAGCUCGGGCACAGCUGAAAUGGCUGGGCAGGUACUUGGCACAGCCAGGCCGUGCCUCUGCUGCCGCCACCCAGGCUGCUGCAGCCACACGGCUGUUGAUACUCGCACUUGUUCGCUGAGCGCCUGAGCAAGGGCAUCGCAGCCUUAGCUGGUGAUGCAGCCAUAGCCUGGGAUAGAGCCCUUGUGCGGGGGGGGAUAGGUGGGCAGCUCCCUAGCGCUGGUAGAGAAGCCGUGUGAGCGGUUCCUUUCAGGCAGCAGAAUCUCUGAUUUCUUCCCAUUCUUAGCAGGUGGGGAGUAGCCAUCGGGGAAGCCGUUCUUCCUCCCUUCCCGGUGAAAUGUACAAGGCAGAUGGCUCCAGGCUCCUCUCCUGAAGGUCUCCACGUGGCGGGGGGACGAGCAGGAAAGGUAACUGGCUGGCGCUCCGUGUGUUGCAGUGGACACUGAAGACACUCUCGAGGAGACGCCAGGAGGGGGUCUGGUGCUGCAGAGUGACCUGCUGCUGGGCCAGGACCUGGAGUUUGAGGACAGCAGCGACAGGAUCAUGGGCUUUGAGAAAGAUUUGGAAGUGGACUCCCUGGUGGGGAAGAUCUCCAUCCCGGCCUACUCACUGAGCGACGACGACUACUCCUCCAGCUACCGGCAGCUGAGCGUGGAGAGUGACCCCGAGGAGGGGCGGGAGCCUGGCCCCCCAGCCCCGCCUUGCCCUCAGUGUGGCCUGCAGCUGGCCGUGCGCUUGGGGCAGAGCUGCCCGCAGUGUGCAGGGGCCGAGGAGGGCCGGGGCCAGCGUGUGCUCUACUCCUGCCAACUCUGCCCCUUCGCCUCCCACUACUCCAGCCACCUCAAGCGCCACAUGAAGACCCACAACGGCGAGAAGCCUUUCAAGUGCCCACAUUGCGACUACGCCUCGGCCCAGCUGGUGAACCUGACGCGGCACAAGCGCACGCACACGGGCGAGAGGCCCUACCGCUGCCAGGCCUGCAGCUUCGCCUGCAGCAGCCUGGGCAACCUGCGGCGCCAUGAGCGCAUCCACAGCCAGGACAAGCCCUUCCAGUGCAGCGCCUGCGACUACCGCUGCAACCAGAGCCGCAACCUCAAGCGCCACAUGCUGAGCCAUCGCCAGGCGGAGGAGGGGCCCUGCUGCCGGGACAAGGCCCAAGAGCCGCUGCUGCCGGAGCUGAGCCUGCGUGUGAGUGGUGCCCGCAGCCCCCUCCUGCCUGGCUGCACCCGCCUGCGGGGCGACGAGGCAGACGCCUUGCCGGAGCUGCUCUUUCCCUUCACCUGCCGCAUGUGUGGGCUGGUGCUGGACGACGGCUUGGCGCAGGACGAGAGCCUGGUCGAGCAGAUCUGCAGCCGCUGCAGCCUGGCCGUGCUGAGCGCUGAGCCGGGGGAGAGCCCCCCCGAGAGCAGCGCCAAGGGCUUCUCCUGCAGCCUGUGCUCCUUCGCCACACACUACCCCAACCACCUGGCCCGGCACAUGAAGACGCACAGCGGCGAGAAGCCCUUCGCCUGCCCGCUCUGUCCCUACGCCUCCGCCCACCUGGACAACCUCAAGAGACACCAGCGGGUGCACACAGGCGAGCGGCCCUACAAGUGCCAGCUCUGCGACUACGCCUGUGGCAACCUGGCCAACCUCAAGCGUCACGGCCGCAUCCACUCUGGCGACAAGCCCUUCCGCUGCGGCCUGUGCAGCUACCGCUGCAACCAGAGCAUGAACCUCAAGCGCCACAUGCUGCGCCACACGGGCGAGAAGCCCUUCCGCUGCCGCCACUGCCCCUACACCACCGGCCACUGGGACAACUACAAGCGCCACCAGAAGAUCCACGGCCCUGCUGGUGAGGGCUGGGCCAGCCCCCCGAGUGCCAAGCCCCGGCUGGCCCUGCCGCCCCCGGCGGCCUCCCUGCACUAGGACCUGGGCCUGGCCCACCGCAGGCAGGCGCCUGGCGGGGGGAGGAGCGAGUGCCCGAGCAGCGGCUGGGGGGCAGGGCCCCCCCCUCAGACAGGCUGGGCCUGGGAAGCGGGAACUCAGAGCCACUGCUGCCCAGUAACCUGAGCUGGGGCCAGGGCCGGGCAAUGGCUGCUGCCUUGCGGCCUCCCCCCACCCAUGGAGUCUGAGCCCCCGGUAGGCACUAGAGGGCUGGCUUGGUGACCCCUCCUCUCUGUCAUGGGAGGCUCAGGCCAAGCCACGCCCCAGCUGUGUGGAGCUGCUGUCAGGGGGAGGGAACAGACCCCCCCCCCAAUCAGACACAGCUGUUCCCUGGGGCAGGUCUGCCUGGGCCGGCCCCACCCUGGAAAUGGGGGUUCAGGGGCGAGGAGGCGGCGUGCCAGCCGGCCUCUGCCCAGGCAGCGCAAGGAAGCCUUGUCAGGGACCACGGACUGUGGCCCCUUCCCUCCGCCAGCACCCUCGGGUGCAGCAGGGAGGGAGGGGUGGGGGGGAGGCUGGCCUGGCCCCCCACCCCGGGGUGCAUCUCAAGGCUGUGUAAUUUAUAUUGUGUAUAAAAGCAUUAACGUCCAUUUGGGUAGCUGGCUUCGCUCUUUGGGGUGCAGAGGCGCCUACCCGUGCCCAGGGGCUGUGAGCGAGACCGAGCCCCUCGGCCCUCAGGCACGGCCAGGAGCAGCUCAGGGGGCUCCAGCAAGGGGGUCGAGCAGCACCAAUCCUGGCCCUGCCCGCGUGCAACGCCCUGUAAGU